CAGGGGCAGACUGACCAUUUGGAAACUCGUGCACUGCCCGAGGGCCCGGGGUCAAUUGGGGGCCCCAUGAGAUGCCCCUGGUACCUUUUUCAUAGGCUUUUUUGAGUUUGGGCAAGGACACAGGGGCCCCAUGAUCCCCUAUUGCCAUGAGUUGUCAGUCUGCCCCUGCUUAAUUGGGGUUACAACCAUGAAGCUUAUCCAGCUGUGCCUUAUGCACUUGGGACCCCAGUACACACAC